AUGUCUCUAAAUUACAUCAAAAACUUGUAUGAAGGAUGUGUUAAACCUCCCACUGUGACUGGCCAAUUCCACACCCUUUUCUUUGGCUCUGUCCGGAUGUUCUUCCUCGGGGUGCUAGGCUUUGCAGUUUAUGGGAAUGAAGCUUUGCACUUCAGCUGUGACCCAGACAGAAGAGAAGUCAACCUCUUCUGUUACAACCAAUUCCGACCAAUCACUCCCCAGGUGUUCUGGGCACUGUAACUGGUGAUUGUCCUGGUUCCUGGAGCUAUUUUUCAUCUUUAUGCUGCGUGUAAAAGCAUCAACCAAGAAUGCAUUCUUCAAAAGCCCAUCUAUACUAUGAUCUAUAUCCUCUCAGUGAUAUUGAGAAUCAGCUUAGAGGUAAUAGCGUUUUGGCUUCAGAUUCACCUCUUUGGUUUCCAAGUAAAACCCCUUUUCCAGUGUGAUGUUGAAUCUCUUUGGGGGAAACUGACCAUUAUAAAAUGCAUGGUUCCAGAACACUUUGAAAAGACCAUUUUUCUCAUUGCGAUGUAUACAUUUACUGUAAUUACCAUGAUACUAUGUAUUGCUGAAAUUUUUGAAAUCAUAUUUAGAAGAUCAUGCUUCCUAAUUAGGCAAUGA